CUUAAAAAAAACACUGCAUGGAGCCCGCGCUGCUUUGAGGCAGCCGCGGGAGCUGACCAAACCCACGUGCUCGACUGGCUGCUACUUCACGGUUGCCAAGUUGGGACGCCGUCCGAAUGCCAGGCUGUUGCCCGUGCAGCAGCAAGCUGGGGCUCCCUAACCUCUCUCCGCUGGGCCUUGCGCGUACUACGGAUCCAGCCGUCCCCCUCUGUAAUGGAGGCAGCUGCCGCAUCAAAGCACCCUCAGUGGCGCGAGAAGAUUGAGUGGCUGCUGGAAAUCGGCGCUCCUUGGUGUUCGCUCACCCUUCUGGAAGCAGCCCGGGAAGGCCAUCUGGAAGUUCUUAAACUGCUGAUGCACUAUGGUAUCGCACCCAUUCCGUUAUGCUACUUCGCCGCUGUCACCGCUGGGGGAGACCGUAUGGCGGCAAUUUCUGAAUGGCUAGAAGCGCAGGGUGUACCGGUACCCGGCAGCAGCGGUGGUGAACCCGCCGACACCGGGGUCCUCCUCCGCGCUCUCGGGGACCCCGCAGCCUUGCCGGGCCGCUUGUCGGCCCUCAGAUGGCUCGUGGAUUACCGCCGCUGCCGCCUCGUCCUAAGUGAACAGCUCGCGUGCGCCGCGGCGGAGGGUGGCGACGUUGCCGUUCUGUCGUACAUCCUGGAGCCGCGCGUCGGCCGUGAACAUCCAGCGGCCGCAGACUGGCCGACCCCUGCGGUAUUGGCGGCAGCGCUGCUGGCGGCAGCAAACGCCGGGCAGUACGACAUGGUACGGCACCUGGUGGAAGUACACAACGCACCGCUGAGUGCAAACGUAGCGGCGGCGGUGGCGCAAGCGGCGACGACAUGUAAGCAACAUAACGGCGCGGCGGCGAGGCAACACGGCGACAGCGCAGCGGCGGCGGCGGCCGGGUCUUGUGCUGCUGCGUUGCUGCGCUGGCUCCACUGCAAGGGGUGUCCGGCAGAUGGCUCAGCAAUCUGGAAUGCGCUGCGCCAGGACGACUUGGCGGCCGCUGACGUGGCGUACGACAUGGCCCUCGCAGGGCCCUUUCGGGCCGAGGGGCUGGUGGCGACGGCGCGCUGGUGCAGCCUAGCCGCCAUGCAGUGGAUGGUGGCCCACGGGUCGCCAUUGGGGGGAAUGGGCAUUAUGGCCGAAGCGGCAGAGACCGGAGACUUGGAGAAGGUCAAGUGGCUGCACGCACAGCGCUGCGACUGGGAUUCCAGGGUUUUCACGGCAGCCGCAGCCAACGGCCACGGCGCCCUGCUGACGUGGCUGGCGGAGAAUCACUGUCCCAUGGGUCACGACGGCGACGCGUACGUGGCGGCGGUGUCGCACUUUGAAGGUCCAGACUGGUCCACACUGGGGCUCCUGAAGGAGCUCGGUUGCCCCUGGGGCGAAGGUACAUUAGCGCGGGCUGCGGAAGAGUGCAUGUCCAGGCCUGUCAUGGUCGAGCUGAUGAAAUGGAUGAUGGCCGCAGGCUGUCCGUACGACCAUGAGAUCGUACCGCAUCUUGCCGCAAUUUACGGCCGCCCGGACCUGGACCGAUUACAUUCCACGACAGCAGCGGUCAGGACCUCACACAGCCCACUAGCCCAGCAGCUCACCAGCUUUUGGAAGAUCUUUUGA